GCUUGGCACAGCCACAGGCCCCGAAGGUGCAUGAUUGGCAUUUUGGCCUGUUCUAGGAGCUCAAAUGGACGCCCAACGAAGAGCAGGGGUGAGGCGCUAGAUGUGCACCGCCACCGCGUGACUUGAUGAGAUUACCUAGCAUUGAUGCCUUCUCGUCACCUCUCGCCACAGGUGUUUGCUCAGUCAAUUUUGUUAUACAGUACACGCUUCGAACAAGAACCACCAGAGAAAGUCGCCCAUCGGAGGUCGCUGUGCCAGACUUUUUCAUUCAUUGCUUGCCCUUGAUCACGCACAUGGCCCUCCAACUAGCUCGCAAAGAGAACAAAAGCCAAACAGACGUGGACCCCACAGAGUCCCUGACAAAAGCCUUGACCAGUUUCAAGCAGGUGCUAACAACCGAGCAACUCAAACAAUUUGAAAACAACACGACAGUCCCUGAUGCAGGGAGUGUCUUGUUUUUUGUCGCCCAGCUUGAUGCUGAGAACGCGAGCAAGACCAGGCGAAGCAUCGCCCCUCGACUAUGUACCUUUCUGACCGCAACGCAGCAGUUUGCGGGGGCUGUGGAAACAUUUGUCAGCUCCCAUCCGGAGACGGCGGCCUUGAUUUGGGGUGGAAUCAAAACCGCCAUAACCGUAGCCAGCAAUAUCGCCUCUUAUUUCGACAAGGUCACCAACAUGAUUAAGGACAUCGGUCUUACCUGCCCCACCAUUCAAGAGUUUGGCCAGCUUUACCAUGGGCAUGCCGGUCUUCAGCGUUCAUUGUGUGACUACUAUGCCGUGAUAGUUGAGCUAUGUAGCAAGGUCAUCGAGGUGUCUCGUCGAGGAUCAGCCUUGCAGACCAUCUGCUCCAUUUGGAGUCCUUUCGAGUCCGAGUUCAGCCCAUUUUUGGAGAGACUACCUUCCACCAGGAAGCAGGUAAUGUUGCAGGUCUCUCUUGCCUCAAAAAAGGCUGACCAAGAGGCAAAAAUGCUGCUGGAAUAUGAGAGCAAGGAAAACUCCUCGUACAGGUCAUCUGCGUUGAACUUUUUCAGCAAUUCAGCACACCGCCAAGAGGAGGCGAGGCAGUGGCAGAUCAACCAGGUAAAGCGAGAAAGGGCGUCCUUGAAGAUCAAAAUCCGACAGCAUCUGUCUCCCGUCGACCACAUUCCACCUUGGAAACGAAUUCUAAAGCAGCGAGUCCAAUCAACCGCCGAGUGGCUACUGCAUGACGACACAUUCCUUGAGUGGAAGGUUAAUCCAGAGACAUCAAUUCUUUGGUGCUCUGGAACGAUGGGCAUGGGGAAGACUGUUCUGAUGUCUAAUGUGGUCUCUUUUCUACAUUCGGCACGACGUGAAAAUGAUUCUGUUGCGCAUUUCUUCUGUCAAGCAGACAAUCAGCCAUCUCUUUCGGCGCGAAACAUCGUCGGCAGCAUUUGUCGCCAGCUGCUUGAUUCGUUGAUUGAGAGGAGCAGUCACGAAGAUCUGCUCUCGAUUGAGCACGAUUGUGAAGGUCUGGACACGAACGAAACCGUACAAUUCCUCCUCUCGAGAAUGGUCAAAGAGCGGAUGUACUAUAUUGUCCUUGAUGGAAUAGACGAUUGUGAGACGGCUCAGAUUCGAGAAAUGGCAAGGGCUCUGGGGAUGCUCUCCCAAGGAAAGGUCGGGGCGUUGAAGAUUAUUUGUACGGGUCGUCCGGGCCUUGAGGUGGAUUUGUUCAAGUGGGGCCGGCCACAGCAUCGCGUUGUGAUUGAUCAGGGGAAGCUCAACGUCGAUAUGGAACGAUACAUCGCUGCAACGCUAUAUGAUUGCUUGGAGGAUGGUGAGCUGGUCCCCCAAGAUCAGGAAAUCGUCACAACAAUCGUGGAUGCUUUACUGAAGGGCUCCCAGGGAAUGUAAGUAUAAUAUCCAGGGAUCAACCAUUGUGUUGAAGUUGAAAAUCCUAAUUGGAUCUCACUUAGGUUUCUGUGGGCAGGUUUAUGUAUCAGAGACCUGUGUGAAAAGAAC